AUGCCGAAGCAACAUAUGCUGUUCGGCCGUCCCCUCCCCCGCUUCAACGCGCGACGCAUCUCAUUCCUGCUCGUGAGCAUCUCCAUCUUCGCCGUUUUCUCUCUGCUCUUCACCCUGCCGAGCUCCAUCCCCUCCGGCCCAAGCCUGAGCAAGUACACCGACCACAAGUUCUCGAUCCCCAAGAUCAAAAACCCUUUCUCCUCCACGAGCCGCCUCAAUCCCUUCCGCCCACCCUCCCAUCCGCCCCCGCGCCAGCAGAACGACACCAAUGGCGAGUCCUCCUGGUGGUCUGAUUGGAAGUGGCUCUCAGUACCCUUCUCGUCAUCCCUUACCCUCGAUGAAGAUCGUUCGCUCCUUCCACCCCUCAAGACCCGCCCGCCCAUUUACUGCUACUACGACGAAACCAUCAAGAAGGAUGCCGCCAGCAAGGACGCCGAGAGCGAGCUCCUCCUCGUCUGGCGCCGCGCCUGGUGGGCCCGCGGCUUCAAGCCCAUCAUUCUUAGCGCCGCCGAGGCCAUGAAGAACCCCCUCUACGACGAGCUUCAACGCAACAAGGAGGUGGACGCGGAUCUCAAGACCGACUUGAUGCGUUGGCUUGCCUGGGAUAACAUGCGCGGCGGCCUGCUCGCCUACCACACCACCCUUCCUAUGGGUGCUCACGAGGACCCCCUCAUCUCCUAUCUUCGCCGUGGAGAGUACCCCCAGCUCACCCGCUGGAAUAGCCUGGGCAACGGGCUUUUUGCCGGUGCCGAAAAGGACGUCAAUGCUGCCAUCAAGGCUACUUUGACCGGCACAAAGCUCAAGGACACGAAGGACUUCAUUGCUGCCUCUACCGAGGACACCUUCAAGAUCGACAACUUCCCCAAGGCCAUCGCCUACUACGAUGUCGAAGUCAUCCAAAACAAAUACCCUAAAGUCGCCGAGGCCAUCGCCACGGACCGCGCAGGAGGCUUGACAGCCCUCAAGAAACUCAUCAAUGGCCACUUGCACAUGACCUGGCAGAACGUCUUCUCGGACGGCAUCGCGGUGUUGAAGCCCCUGCCACAUCACAUGACGCAUAUGAUCAACGACGCCUGGCACCUCGCUGGCGACCUCUCCAUGUGCCCCGAGUCUCCUAUGCCAUCGUCUUGCCCGCCCAACAACGCAAAGUGCAAGCCGUGCGUCCCAGCGCAGCCAAUGCGCGUCACCACGCCCCCACGCUACCGCAACACCACGACACUAUACACGAUUGGCACUGUGCCCCAUCCCUACACUACUGCUCUUCUCACCAACCUCCAGGACACGAUCGAGAUCCCCUGGAUUCGUCGCAAGUCUGAGCGCGACGUCUGGCUCACUGCCGCUACGUCGGAGAUUCUUGGCGCCGGUGUCGGCAGCGGGCCCCGUAUUCUCAAGUUCAAGGAGGCUGUGGCCGGCGAAUUCGCGGGCGCCCACUCCCUGUGGCUUACACCUGAGAAGGAACUGCCCGUGGACCUCGACUGGCAUUUCGGCUUCGCAAUCCCCCACAACGCCACCGACGGCACCUCCGAGACCCCCGUGCCUGGCCCCGAGCGCCGCCCGCAGCCGAAGCACGACCCUGUCGACGGACCUGUUGCAACUCCCGAAGACCUGGAGAAGGAACCGCCUCUGUUGAAGAAGGCGCGGGAUAUGGGCAAGACCAAAGACCCUAAGGACCUGGCUGUUCGCAACGCCAUUGAGGCGUGGAACCUCGCUGAUACCGAAGCCUGGAAGUUUGCGAGAGCGUUCUCGGCCCGUCGCAUUGUCGUACGCAAGGAGUGGGAAGAGCACGAGAGCAAAUACGCCGGCGGCGUUGGCAGCGAGAAGGGAAGGAGACAGGGCUGGGGCGAUCGCUGGGCAGACCACAAGGAGUGA